CUUACAAACAGUGACCAGUCGGACAAUACCAUUUCGUGGUUACCAGUUGUGGGCUUCCUUUGCGUUUUCACCGUUGUGUUGCAGCAGUGUAGGCUUUACAUAGGCUUUACAACCCGUGUUCCCUUUCUUGGGAACCACUGCAACGGUCACAUAUAAUAACAUAAUUGCGACACUUUGCUUGCUCUGUUAAGCAAGUUGGCAUCAUUCGAGAAGGCCCAACUGAUUGCCCUUUCCCGGUGCCGAGCUGCCGACCUUCAACUGCGACUGGCGCACAACCCGUUUCCAUGGCUCCUCAAAAGGCGAACUGGAUAGCAGCCUUGCUGAUAAUUACUGCUCUGGCAUUUGCCCUACCCGCUCACAGCGCCUGCACAACUACCGCCUCCCCAGGCGGAGCAUGUGGUCCAAGUAACGGUAACAAGUGCUGCCCCAGCGGCCAGUGUUGCUCGCAGUACGGCUACUGUGGCAUUACAACAGCCCAUUGCGGUACGGGUUGCCAGGCAGCGUUCGGUACUUGCACGGGCACCAAAGCCAGCCCUCCGCCUCCUAAGGUCAAUCCUCCGCCUCCUAAGAAGGCCAGUCCUGCACCCCCACCUCCCAAGUCCGGCCCCUCACCGUCCCCUGCCCCCACCAGCGGCUGCCCCAGCGGAUGGCUGCCGGCGGUUGGAACCGUGUACGAUAGCUGGCCCAAGCCCGGAACCAAGGAGUGCGUGCAAUACAGCGGUUGCACUUGGGCGGGGCAGUUUAACAGCAUUGACGGCGGCAGCGCAAAGCCGUGUAAGAAUGGGGCGCAAUGGUUGAACGGCGGCAGCGGUGUAAUGGACUGCCGGUUUCCGGAGGCAACGGUGAAGGGCUGGAACAUCGCGUCAACGUACGACAAAGACAGCGCUCUGGUUGGCCGGAAGCUGCAGAUUAUGGUACAGGGCGCGCCACAGCGCACUGCAACCGUUAACGUCAAGGACGUGUGCAGUGAUGCGGACUGCGGCGGUUGCUGCAGCGCCAACACCGGCAACGCCAAAUGGAAGCUGAUUGACAUUGAGAAGUGGCCUGCGAGCGUGCUGCUGGGCUUCGAUCCAACGCCGUCCAACUUUGACGUCAAUAACCUGAACCUGCCGAGCGCAAAGGGGCUGCGUUCUGGGGCUCCUGAAAGCUCGGUGAUGCCGCUUUGCUAUAAGGAUGUGGGUCUCGCAGAUAAGCUGCCCUGAAGUAGUUGAGUAGGUCUGUUCCCAUAGGCCAAAGCUUUGGCUACGGCGGCUAAACUACCGGUACCAUAGGGAAGGGAUGCCUGAGUAGGCCACACGUGAGUGAGUCAUGGUGGUGGUGGUGGUCGGUAUGGUAGCCUUGGCAGGGCUAAGGGAUUGGCUGGGACAUCCCGUCGUUAUAAUUAUUGCCUGUGAGUUGGUGUACGACAGCGGUGAUAGUCACAGUCCCCGCCAUGUAAACUUCAUGGUUAUAUGUUGUAUUAUUAGCCUGCUGUGACACGCCAAGAAGGGGCGUGUGUGGGGCUAUGAUGAGCGGCUGGUGGGUAUGUUGGCCGUGGACGUGCCGGUAGGUGUCGAAUCCUAUCUAUCCCCGUACCGUUGGCCUUUAUUUGCGCAGGAUUGGCAGGGCGCUGCAGGGCGGUCCACGCCUUCAUUGUAUGAUGAGUGGCAGGGGAAUUAAUAGGGAUGAAGAUUCCGCAUUAGGCUAGAUUUUAGGAUUGCACAUAGUAAAACACAUAGUCAAACUCGUUGGGUCAGUAGCAGUACACAAAGUACAAACCGUAGUAAAGCACCAUAAGCUGGCGGCUGUGCUGAGAUCAUAUCAUUGGACAAAUUCCUGAUGAGCUGUAAGCUGGCGUCUGAGCUCCACUGCAAC